GCACGCUGGGAACAGGUCACCAUGGCGGCCCGUGUCCUCUCGGCCUGUGCCCGCCGCCUGCUGCCCCGGGCGGGCCCCGCCGCGCUCCGCCCGUUCACCCGGUGCGUCCCGCGGGCCCCGGCGGCCCCGGCCCCGCUGAGGCUGAGGCAGCUGCAGGUACCGCAGGCGCUCCCCCCCUGCCGCCGGUUCUCCGAGCUGCCCCCCCUCACCCUGGACGACAUCAAGGAGCGUGUCCUCUACGUGCUCAAGCUGUACGACAAGAUCGACCCCGACAAGCUCACAGUGGAGUCCCACUUCAUGAAGGACCUGGGCUUGGACAGCUUGGACCAAGUGGAGAUCAUCAUGGCCAUGGAGGAUGAGUUCGGAUUUGAGAUUCCCGAUGGAGACGCUGAGAAGUUAAUGUGUCCACAGGAGAUUGUAGAUUACAUUGCAGAUAAGAAGGAUGUUUAUGAGUAAACCCAGUUCUCCAGAGCUGAGAGCUGUCUCAUGGCCAGGCCCAGGCUGGGGGCAGCAGAGGGACGUGCACGCAUAGGCCAUGCUGCUGCUGCUGCUUCCAUUGAACCUUGUACUUGGACGUUGUAUUUAAAUCUGUCUGAAUCUGUUGUCCUUUGAAAACAAGGAAAAAAGGAAUAAAUACCCAAGAGCAGGGGA